UGAUGCGGGGAAUUCUGACUGAGAUGGGAUGCGAAAUGAAUGUAGUACUCGAGUGUACAAAUGAGUUGCCGUUACAAAGUGAGAAACCUCUCGUCACCUGUGACAUCAAGAUCAAAAUCGUAGCAGACAAGCCGACGACAAACUCGAACACUCCAGCAGAAAAAGAAGAAAACAAGUGUUAGCAUCCUCCUCUGACGGGGCUCUGGAGGCCGUGGUCCACAGUCUGUCUAGCCCCUAAACCUGUAAAAACACUCCAGAAGAAGAAGCCGCCGCCUCCGUCAUGUCGAGCAAGACGUGGUCUCUCUUCUGGGGCUCGAGCUUCGUGAAGGCGCCGCUGCAGAAUGGCGUGGGCCGCUACGUGCAGCAGCUGCAGAGGAUAACCUUCAAGUUCUGCAAGACACAGGGAGGCAGCAAGGGCAUGAGGGAAUACAUCGAGAAGGAGCUGAUUGGGUUUGCAAGAGAUAACCCCGGAGUUGUUGUUUACGUCAAGCCGCGCCGCCACCGUUCCUCAUGCUUAAAGGCAGAGUAUUUGAAUGGAGGAGAAGAGUACAUAUCGACACACAUGAACACCUGCGAGGAUGUACAAAAGUGGGUGGAGUACCUGAGGGGCCGCUCGGGAUACCCCACCGAGAGGCUGAGGAAGUACCAACACACCGACCACCCCUCCAUCCAAGGACCCUGGACCCCCUGGACGCACCAACACCCCAGCCUCAACCUCAAGGACUACCCCUGUGAAGAGUUAUCAGCCACCCAUCAGACAGACCAGACAGCCACACAAAAGUUGGUGGAGUUAUUUGAACAACAGAAGCUGAGAGAAGGAGCAGAGAAGACCUCCACCACCUCCUCCUCCUCUUCAUGAUGCUUCCUGGCCUCUCCCUCACAAGCUUCCCCUUAAACUCACCUCUGUAUAUAGUGUUUUGUGUCAUGACUGCAUAAAGCUGUAGAAUGAAAGAGUUGUUGUAA